AUGCAGCAAAAUCAGAAGGAGGUUCUAAUAGCUGAUGAAGAUGGAAGCAGUGGCUCAAAGAUCAAUGAGGGAGGUGAUAAUACUGAUCAACUAAAAGAUCAGGUCAUCAAUAAUACUGCAAUCCAGAAUAACACAGAAUUAGUAGAGACAGAUGGAAAGCCUACAGAAUCAGUAGAGGGGCAAGAGUCAAAUGGGCAAAUUAUUAGCACAAGCCAGGAAGCAGUGGUGGAAAAGGGUGAACAUGAUAAGUGGAAAGAGGACAAGACAGAAGAAGAGGGAACUGAGGAGCAAUCCUUAGAUAUCAGUCCUAUUAAUCAUCCAAAGGAGCCUGGUGGAUCAGUCCCAAAGACUCCAAGAAGUAAUACCCCUCAGGAAAUAAAAGAUCAGGAGCUUAAGAAAGACUUGCUUAAUGUUCAAAUUGAUCAGGUGUCAACAGAAGCAAAUCUCUCUCCUAGAAAGACAAGGCAAAUGAGAAACUCAAAAGUAAAAGGAGGAAAGAAGGAACCUGUUCCCCCAGUCAAACUAUUAUCAAAGAGAUCAGUUAAUACUCAACAAUCCUUUGAGAGAUUAACUAAUCUGAAUAGAAGAAACAGAUACAAUAUUAUUGGUCUGAUGGAACCUUUUGAAGAUGCUGAACAAGGUUCAGUGGAGAUUGACAAUGAACAGCAGAUUACUUUGAAGUUGUUUCACCAAAUUUUAAACUGUCAUAUAGUCUUAACAGUGGUGUAUGCCUCUUGUGAUGCUGGAGAAAGAAGAAUGCUAUGGGAUUCCAUUAGCCAGGUUUCUAAUCUUUUUGAUUUACCUUGGCUAGUGGGAGGUGACUUCAAUGUCAUAUCUACAGAAGAGGAAAAAUUAGGAGGUCUGCCAGUCUUGUAUAAUGAAGUAGCAGAUUUCAAUCACUGUCUUAGCAGUUGUGGUUUACAGGAUCUUGGAUAUGUAGGUAGUACAUAUACAUGGUGGAAUGGAAGAGCUGAAGAAGCAUGCAUUUUUAAAAGGUUGGACAGGAUGGUUUGUAAUGAUAAAUUGCUAGAUGUAAUGCCCACCAUGAAGGUAACUCAUCUGAUAAAAAAGGGAUCUGAUCAUUCUCCUUUGGAACUAGAGUGUUCCACAACUACUGAGGUGAUCAUAAAGCCUUUUAAGUUCUUGAAUUUUUGGGUCCAACAUGACAGUUUCCAGGAGAUUAUCAAGCAACAUUGGUGUAUAGAUUUUGAAGGAAAUCCAUUUGCCAAGUUUCAUCACAAGCUCAAAAAGGUGAAGAAUGCAUUGAGAAGUUGGAGCAAGAACACACACGGCAAUAUUUUUCAGCAAAUUGCAUCACUUGAAGAGGUAAUCAAAGUCCAUGAGGAGAAGUUUGAAACAUCUCCAACAGUGCAGAAUAGAGAAAGACUAAAUAGGGUGCAGGCAGACCUUAGUAGAUUCUUACACUUGGAAGAACAGUUUUGGAGACAGAAAUUAGGACUAACAUGUUUUCAAGAUGGAGAUAAAAACUCAAAGUUCUUCCAUGCUUAUGUAAAAGGGAGGAGAAAGAAUCUCAGAGUGGAUAAUAUCCAAGAUGCUGAUGGAAGCUGGUUAACCAAUCAAGAAGAGAUCUCACAAGAAACAGUCAAAUGUUAUCAUAAGCAAUUUGAAGAAGAUAGAAUUCCUUCUAAGUUUGGUUUAUUAAAGCAUAUCCCUACCCUAGUCACAGAAGAUCAGAAUCAUACCAUGGAGAUGCUACCAACUGAAGAAGAAGUCAAAGAAGCAGCAUUUGCCGUGAAUGGAGAAAGUGCUUGUGGUCCUGAUGGAUUCACAGGAUUGUUCUUUCAAUCAUGUUGGGAGAUAGUCAAACUAGAUGUGGUGGAUAUGGUGAAGGCAUUCUUUGUGGGCAAGAACUACUAA